AAACCGAUUCCAAAUCCAUAUUCAAAUUGCUCCUCUCAUUGACGGAGUUCAACAUAAGCGUUCACAUGUGUGUGCGUGUGAUUGGUGUAUUGGUGCAAGUAAUGCUUGCUAUGCAAAUAGUUUGGACUUCAUCGUUCUGAGUCGCGCUGAGCAGUGAAAAAAACGAGCGACGAAUAUUAAUUAUAUUCCGAAUAAAUACACAUCGAGUGCAUAAAAUAAAAGAAAUCAACAUACAACAAUAUUUUCUGUUGACUUCGUAUUAAACUCUCGGUCAAACCGAUAAAUGCUUACCGCGCACAAAUCACAAUUUCAAUCGUAUACUAUUGGAAUUGGAAAUUGCCAUUCAUUCAGUCAUCGAAAAGUGUAAAGGGUGAACGAAAGUGUUUUCCGUAAACGUUUCGUUGAAAAAAACGCGAGUGAAAAGAAAAGCCCAAUUUUCAUGUGAAAAUCAUUUCGUCCAGAAAAAAAAAUGGUUUGUGCCUUCGGUUGUUUGAGUACAAUUUCAGCCGUCAUCGUUGCUAUUCAAUUUUUUGCCAAAGUUAUACCAUGGCUCUACGAAACUGUGAUCGGCCCAUAUCUCCUGGGACCAAAGCUCAAAUUACGUGAUUACGGUGAAUGGGCAUUGGUCACCGGAGCUACAGACGGUAUCGGAAAAUCAUACGCUAAACUGUUGGCCAAACAAGGAUUCAAUAUCAUUCUGAUCAGCCGAACUCAAUCCAAAUUGGAAACGGUUGCAAAGGAAAUCGAAAAUGAGUACAAAGUCCAAACCAAAUUGGUUGCCGUCGAUUUCUCUGGUGAUGCAUCAAUUUAUGACAAAAUUGCCGCUGAAAUCAAGGGCUUCAACAUUGGCAUUUUGGUCAAUAAUGUUGGUGUGAGCUAUGCCUACCCCGAAUUUUUCUUGGAAGUAGCCAACCGUGAUGUAACUUUUGAGCAAAUUAUUCGCUGUAACAUCACUUCAGUUGUGAAUAUGACGAAAAUUGUCUUGCCCCAAAUGUUGAUCAACCAAAAGGGAAUCAUUCUUAACAUUGCUUCAAUGUCUGGUACAAUUCCACAACCACUCUUGGCCGUUUACAGUGCAUCAAAGGCAUUCGUUGACAAACUCUCUGAAGAUCUGAACACUGAAUAUGGCAGGCAAGGAAUCGUUGUCCAGUCAGUUUUGCCCGGUUUCGUUGCCACCAACAUGACCAAAUUACGACGCACAAGCUUGUUGGCCCCAAGUUCGGAUAAAUUUGUAGAACACGCUCUUCAAACCAUUGGUUAUGCAAAGCACACCACCGGAUACUGGCCACACGCUCUUAUGCAACUGGUAUUGAGAACAUUCCAUACCUAUUUACCCGACCUCACCAAUUCACUUACAUUGAAUCUGAUGCAAAAGAUCAAACGCAAGUCGUUGAAACUCAACCAGAAAUUCGAAGAGAAGAAGAAACAAGAAGAGAAGAGCCAAUAAAUUGUGUGAAUGUAUUUCAACAGAAAAGAAGCGACGAACCAAUGAUUAAAUACCAAAAAACAGAUUGUAUUUUGUUUAGCUUUACACUGAUUUUUUUAACAUGUAGUUUGUUUCAAUAAAUAAAAUAAAUUACUAGCACAAUAGCUGGAUGGAUAAAA